UGCCUCGUUAAAGCCAGCAAGCUUUAUAACUGCUUCUAAACCACCAGACUGGCGGUACAUGAUGGGACCUGGAUUAUAUUUCAGAUGCAGGAUCGGAUCCUUGAUUGCCUCAGUGAAAAAAACUACAGGCGGACUGUGAUGAGUCUAAUUACCAUGGCGUAUUGAUGCAAAGAGUGAGACAGUGGGAAGAAAAAAGAAAGGACAUUUAUUGGGGAUCAAUCAAUAGGAAGAAGUAAAGAAAGGGAAUCUUCCAAAAUCGCCCUGGGGGCUUCCAUUAAGUGCUGGAGAAUUGCAAAAAAAAAAAAGGCAGCCUGAUGACCAUGGUGCAAAGUGCCCAUCUCUGUGAGGAAGGAAAGUCAGGGGAUGUGUGGAGGGAACCCUUACUCACCACAAUGCAGCUGGCAGAGGCUAAAUGCCUGUGGCCCCAUAGGCAAUAACUACACCUGACUGAGGAACUGCUCUCAAAUGAACGAAGCAUGGGUGUCAACCCUUAUCGGUUACUAAGUGGAUCAGCUGUAUCUAUGCUAAUAGCUCUGUUGGUAUGUUUCAUGGUUAUGCUGUCAUCUGCUGAACGCGGGUGCCCUCCAGGAUGUAGAUGUGAUGGAAAAAUGUUUUAUUGUGAAUCUCAGAAGCUGCAGGAAAUCCCAUCAUCUUUAUCUCCUGGCUGUAUAGGUUUAUCUCUCCGAUAUAACAGUCUUCACGUACUGAAGUACAAUCAGUUUAAAGGUCUCAAUCAGCUCACUUGGUUGUAUUUAGACCACAACCAUAUUAGUGAUAUUGAUGAAAAUUCCUUCAAUGGGAUUCGUAGACUCAAGGAAUUGGUUCUUAGUUCUAACAGGAUCUCUCUUAUUUUAAAUAACACUUUUCGACCAGUGACAAACCUGAGGAAUUUGGAUCUGUCUUAUAAUAUCAUUCAGACACUGAGACUUGGGCAGUUUAAAGGCUUAAGGAAGCUGCAGAGUUUACAUCUAAGGUCAAAUUUACUGAGAACAAUCCCCGUAAGGAUAUUCCAAGAUUGCAGAAACCUAGAACUUUUGGAUUUAGGAUAUAACAGAAUUAGAAGUUUAGCCAGGAAUGUCUUUACUGGAAUGAUCAGGUUAAAAGAACUCCAUUUGGAACACAACCAUUUCUCAAAGCUCAACCUUGCUCUCUUCCCAAGACUGGUCAGUCUUCAGAAUCUCUACUUACAAUGGAAUAGGAUCAGUUUUAUAGGCCAGACCAUGUCGUGGACUUGGACAUCCCUACUUAGGCUGGAUUUAUCUGGUAAUGAGAUAGAAGCUUUCAGUGGACCCAGUGUAUUCCAAUGUGUUCCCAACUUACAACGUCUCAACCUGGAUUCCAACAAACUAACCUUCAUAGGCCAAGAAAUUCUGGACACCUGGAUAUCUCUCACAGACAUAGGUCUUGCAGGAAAUAUUUGGGAGUGUAGCCGGAACAUAUGUUCUUUGGUAAACUGGCUGAAAAAUUUUAAAGGUUUGCGGGAUAAUACAAUUAUUUGUGCGGGCCCUAAAGAUCUACAGGGGGAGAAUGUAAUGGAAGCUGUCAGAACUUAUAACAUUUGCAGCAAAAGCAUUACAGAGAGCCGUGAACUGAAAAAUAAUGAAAGGAGUCCAGUCGUAAAACACAACAUUGUCAGAACUAAACACGAUAGUAACUAUUCAAUGCCACCAACUGUUGCAAUGACAGGAUCUGUGCAUGAGAGCAGUGGGGAUUCAGAGAUUAUCUCUUUACAUAAAAUCAUAGCAGGAACUGUUGCAUUGAUCUUAUCAGUGCUGGUGAUAUUUCUAGUCAUCUAUGUUUCUUGGAAAAGAUCUCCUGUAGGCAUAAGACAUCUGCAGCAGGGUUCUCUUCUAAAAAAACACAGACAUUCAAAUAGGUCACCAAUAACACAGAUGCCUCCAUCAUCCCAGGAAUUUUAUGUAGACUACAAACCGGCAAAUAGGGAUGAGUCUGAGAUGACAAUAAAUGGUUCUGGGCCUUGUACAUAUAACAAAUCAGGCUCCAGGGAAUGUGAGGUGUAAAAUAAAGGAAUAAAGUGAUUUUAAACAUCUGCAACUUUUUCUUUUACUGAGAUCAUGUGUUUUACUGUGGAUUUACCAUGUACUCAAAGAUGGCUCGUUGGGGAAAAAAAGUUGUCUCUUUGUUUGAAGGCUCCCUAGUUUGGAUUUUUCUAUUCAAUUAUAUAUGCAUAUAACUAUCUACUUGUAUAUACAUAUAUAAUGUGGUUAUGUUUCACAAACAUGUUAC